UCUCUAUAAAACUCAAAAUCCUUCCCCUUCUUCUUCUUCAUUCUCCUUCAAUCUCUCAACAAUGGCGGUCGCUUCCAGAGACAGGCUCACUGACCUUCAAAUCCCCAGACUAUGGAAGGACAGAGACGCCACCAGCCCUGAGCGCACCAAGGUCUGGACUGAACCCAAGCUCCGCUCCGAAAGAAAGGUUCCCGUCGUUUACUAUCUCUCCAGAAAUGGCCACCUCCAACACCCUCAUUUCAUGGAGGUUCCUCUUUCCUCCUCCGAAGGCCUCUAUCUCAGAGAUGUUAUCAAUCGUCUCAAUCUUCUUCGAGGAAAUGGAAUGGCUACUGCGUACUCGUGGUCGUCUAAAAGGAGCUACAAGAAUGGGUUCGUAUGGCACGAUUUGUCGGAGAAUGAUUUCAUUUAUCCAUUGCAUGGUAAAGAGUAUGUUCUCAAAGGAUCGGAGAUUCUUCAUUCCUCUUUAGAGAGCCGAGUUCAAGGCUCGGAAUCUUCUAGGUCUUUGAGGCCGCCGGAGAUUCAUAAACUCGACGGCGAAGAGUCCGAUUCCCCGAUCCUCUCUCGCCGGAGGAACCAGUCAUGGAGUUCCGUCGACUUCCAUGAGUACAAAGUCUAUAAGACCGAUUCGAGCUUCGACUCGUCGGCUAAAGCCGCCGCUGCUGAUGCUUCGACUCAGACUGACGAGAAGCAUCGGCGGAGGAGACGAGCGGUGAGGGAGGAAGAUAAAGAAACAGAGGAGGUUCAUGGUGAAUCAAACCCUACGCCGAGUACAGAGCUCAAUACGGAAGAAAUUUCUCCUCCGCUCUCGGAUUCAAGCCCCGAAACUCUAGAAUCUCUGAUGAAAGCCGACGGACGUUUGAUCAUUUCCGAAGCCGACAACGCUAAUCGGACGGCGGAGAGUUUUCCGAGCGGGAGGAUGAGGGCAUCGGCAGUUCUAAUGCAAUUGAUUUCAUGUGGAUCGAUGUCGUUCAAGGACUGUGCAGCACCAUCAAUGGGGGAUCAAGAAUUUGCCCUCGUUGGUCACUGUAAAUCCAGAGUACCUCGCAUAGGCAGGAAAGAACCAGCAACAGAGACAUCGACGGAAAUUAUGGGUUUCUCCGGCGUACGGUUGGAAGACAAGGAAUACUUCAGUGGAAGCCUAAUCGAAACCCAGAAAGUAAAGAACGCUCCAGCGGCUCUGAAGAGGUCAUCUUCUUACAAUGCAGAUAGGGCAUCACAGCUGCAAAUGUCGGAGAAGGAGAUGGACGCAGCAGCACGUGCAAAAUGCAUACCGAGAAAGCACAGGUCAUCCGGCCAAGGAACAAAGAGGGAGACUAACAACAUAACCGACGGCCCUUCCAUCACCACCAGCAAUACACAACAUGGAAGCAAAAGACUCACACAGAACAACAAUGAAUAGACAGACCCAAUACACACAAUCCUUCUGAAACUCUCAUCAAACAAGGAGAAAAGAAGAAGCAGCCCGCCCGCCCGCCCGCACCGGUCACCGUCCAAAGCAGACAAGAAAAAAGGUGCAUUGUAACCUGUGAAAUUUGAUUUAGUUUUUUUCGUUGAGAGAGUCAACUUAGUGUUAGUGGGGGUUGAAUUUUUUGCAUGAAUGUUGAUGAAAUAGAGGCAUUAAGGCUCCCAAUGUGACAACUUUUGUUUGACCAAGGCUACAAUGAGCGUUGGAAUUGGGAAAGGAUAGGUGGUGAUAGGUUGUCACGGGUAACGAGUAGGGUAGGGGCGUCGGCAGUGGAAGGGCCGACAGUUGCCAUAUUGGAGAAGAGAAGACGUGACUUGUAAAAUGGACAUUUGUAAUGUACUUGCUAUUAUAAAUUAUUGAGCAUUGCU